CUGAAAUCCUCUCUGCGCCGACUUUCCAUCACAGCCAGCCUGGAAGUCUGCCGGUGGUCGAAGGGCCGUCGUUGUGAGGUGUCCACCGAGACAACUGAGAACGGCAUCGUGCACCACCACCCCCUCCCUUUCCCCACCCUCCCCUUAACCCUCCUCCUCCUCCUCUUCCUCUGGCCGUUGUUGCGCUUCUGCUGCUGCAGAGUCCAAGUUCAGGUGAGCCCGGUCUCCGGUACAACAAGUACCUCCUCUCUCCGGUACCCUAACCGGGGGAUGCUCGCCUCCUCCCGUUAAACGCCAUGCUAUAAAUGGGCCGCACAGGAUGUGAAGCCUCACCAGAAGAAGCAGGAGGAUGGCUAAACCAGGCUUGUCUGCGGCGGUGCUGCUGCUCCUGCUGGGCUUCCUCUCAGCGUCCUCCGUUAAUGCCGACACCCUGCUGUCAGCACCGCUCAAUGUGACCAUCAGAGAACUCGAGGUUAACUCUGCUGUGGUUACGUGGGAAAUCUUGGAGGGAGACCCUGUCAUCGGAUUCGCCAUCACCCAACAGAAGAAGGAUGUACGCAUGCUGAGGUUCAUCCAGGAAGUGAACACCACCACACGCUCCUGUGCAUUGUGGGAUCUGGAUGAGGACACCGAGUACAUCGUCCACGUUCAGAGCAUUAGCAUGGGAGGAAGCAGCCCUCCAAGUCAGCCUGUGCUAUUCAGAACGCCAAAAGAGUCCGAGAAGAUGGCUUCCAAGAGCCCUGACGAGGUGACAAUGGAGGAGGUCGGCGACGCUGCCCAGCUGAGGGCGGGAGAACUCAUCAUCAUCGUAGUGGUGCUCGUCAUGUGGGCAGGUGUGAUCGCCCUGUUUUGUCGUCAGUAUGACAUCAUUAAGGAUAACGAGCCCAACAACAACAAGGACAAAGCCAAGAACUCCUCAGAGUGCAGUACCCCAGAGCACCCGCAGGGGGGGUUACUGCGAAGCAACGUCUAAGAUCAGCCCUGCAUCACCUUCUGCAAUAACCAACUCCUUAAACCUCAGGACAGAUCCUGAGACCAACGGAAAGCCAUUCUCAGAAAAUAUACUGAAGAACAGAUAAUCCAUUACAAAAACUCUUCUUGACACAAUGGAGAGCUCUGCAGCUACAACAGGCACAAAUAUGAACUUGCAAAAUGAAAAGCUGCAAAACAGUGAAAGAGGAAACACCAGAUGAUAAAACCCCUUUCACUUUUGUAGCAACCCAAAACUGGAUCGCGGCUGAUGCAGACACGAGAUAUUAAAUGGCUGUCGGUCAAGCUCUUCUUGACGAGAACUGCUUAACCCGUAUGUUCCGGUUACUCCACAUCGGUGGCAUCCAAUCCCAGGAGUGGAUCAUUAAACAUGAAUGUCAGCUUCAGGUUCGUAUCAUCGGUCAGAGAUGGCAGAAGUGCAGACUGCCACACACGAAUAGCUGGUCCAGGAACCAGUCGGCACACAACAAAACAAGCUAAAGACUUUCUCUUUUUCUAUGUCUGUCCAUCUGCAUUACCUCCUUUCUGUCUUUAUAACAGCCCUCUGUGUAGCAGCUCAUCUCUUUCCCUGUCUCUCUGUGUCGAUGUCUCAAUGAUAAGCACAUUGCUGUUUGGUGCUUCUCCUGUCGUGAUUGUUUCAGCCCUUAUAAUCCCAGUCCCGAUUAUGGAAUGAUUAUAUUGUUGGGUCGGAAGUAUUAAAAACCGCACAGUUAAUUGUUUUUAAGGUUAGAUUUAGGAGUUUUCCUUCUCGCUUAAAGGGACUCUUAAGUCCAGCUUGUUAAUUCGGGGAUAAAAGAUCAGGACAAAGUGAAAAACCAUGCAUGUGCACAGUUGCAGCCAAUUUGUUACCAGUUAGCCAGCCAUAAUUGUCUGUGCAUCGGGGGAGGAAAAAGACUGGAAAAUAACAGAUUUCUAUUCGUAUUGAGGGUUAUUGCUCAUUAAUGCAUAUGCAGCACCAUAUGUCAUCUGCGAUGUGCAGCGGGAUGUGAAGGGAAUAUGGAUGAAGAUAUGUAGGGCAUGUUCCUAAUGAAAUGUAUACAAAGGGUAAACUGUUUGCCCGAGUUUCUUGAAGACCAAUAAGUGAAGCUGAGAAGUAGAAACCAAGAGAUGUUGUCCAGUCACAGUCAGACCUGUUUUUAUGCCCACCGGUAGCUAUGAGUUGGAGUGGGUUCAGCCCAGCCAAACAAGCGUAUUGUCCAGGAAUUCAGAAUUUUGGAAAAAGCACAGAAACUACCUGUACUGUUUCCUGUUGUCCACUAUCCCUAAUGUUGCCCACUGCCCACAGACUCCUCCCUUCAUAUUUAACCCUCUGAGGUCUAAGUAAGCUCUAAGACCUAACCUUAAAUUGUGGCAAAAGACAUAACUCACUUUUUUUUGGAAGAAAUAGAAAUAAUAUUUGAUGUGUGUCAGUUGGAAUGAUUAUUGUCUUUGGUCCUUGAUUGUGAAGACUUUGAGAGAACAAUUUCAUGAAAAGAAAACUUCAGUAUUGCCUUGGGUUUAAGUUAGGGUUAGGGGUUCUGUUGGGGUCAUCAGCAAUGACAACUCAGACCACACAGGGUUUACAAACAGAGUGGCAGAACCUUUUGACUCCACAUGAACAAACUGGCUUGUUGAUUGGUUAGGUGUUUGUGUGCAAUUUAGGUUUUCGUAUGACUUUAAUAUGCUAAUCUUUAGACUGCUCGCCUGCUUUCCUGUAGUCUGGGCGAUGGUUAUGCCUACCUCUGAAGUAGCCCACCUAUUAUUCCCACACUCCACCUCUCCAGUCCAGGACUAUAAAAACCAGUCCUGCCACUUUUGUCACAGUAAGUAACAAACUAAGUGAUAUGAGGCUUUGUCCUGUAGAUUGAAUCACCCAAACUUUGAUUGACUGACGAUGACUGAAAACCUGGAUAGUGAUA